CACACCCCCCAGCACUGUGAAUAAAGUAAUGUCUGGCUUUCUAAGACUAAAAAUGCAGUGUUAGAGGAUUUUAUUAUCCUUCCCUUGUCCAUUAACUGUGCCAUGGAUCUCUCCUAGCUCAGGAACAAAAAGUAUUGAUUAACUGCCUUAUUAGCCACACGGCAUCCAUGAUUGCCAAGGCCACCCAGCCCCCAGAGCUUCCCUUCCACCCUCCAUGGCCCAGGAUUCACCUCCAGCCCACACCAGAGCUAUCAGUCCCUGUUCCAGCAGCACUGCAGGUUGUCCAUUUUCACCUUCCCCCAGCCUUUCCCAGUCCAGCCAUGGCCCCAAUGAGCCAAGCCCACCAGCAGAACAACAGCCCUGCCUGGCUCGCUCCCUAAGCCCUGCCUGGCCAUCCCUGCACAUGACUCUGAGCUACAAGAUGACUUCCCAGCCUGAACUCAUCCUGUCUCAUCACCAUGAACAUGACCCAUGAUCACCCUGCAGGGGUGAUUGAACCUGCUGAGGGUGUCCAGGCCUGCCCUGCUCCGUGGAUGGGGACAGUGGGACAGACAGACUGUGGUGUCAGCACACUCAGUUCCCAGCUCCCGGGUCUGAGGGAGCUGCCAGCCCUCACUGCACCUGGGCACAAAGGUUUGCAGGACCAUGACAGCCACAUCCUGCUGCCAUGGCAGUCCUUGCCGGGAAACUACACCCCAACCCACCACAGCAUCAGGCAGCCCAAAAGGCCCUGUUGUUGCUGUAACUACAAGCUAUAGGACAGGUGGCAGUGAGGCAGUCCCAAGGGAACUGGGCCAGCAGAAUUCCUCCUGUCAAUUUAUGGGUUGUGGAGAAGUGUUCCAAUUGGUAGCUGGAUUUGUUGGUUUCCCACAACUAAAAGUCACAGUGAUUAGGCCUUACAUCCACUUCUUCAGCUCCUUCUUGAGAAACAAGUGCCAUUGAAUAGGCCUGUCGGCCCACAUGGCCCGAGGUAUUGAGGAACAAGAGAUAAAAGCUGCUCCCACCAGUGAUUUGUUUUGAUUAACUAGUAGGGUUGUACUAAAUUCCCUGGCAGUGUUCAAGGCCUGGUUGGAUGGGGCCCUGAGCAUGGACCCACCUGAUGUAGUCGGUGGCCCCCCUGCCCAGAGCAGGGGGUUUGGAACUAGAUGAUCUUUAAGGUCCCUUCCAACCCAAACUAUUCUAUGACUUUUAUGAUUUCUUUGAUAACUUGUAUCUAGGUGGGAUGUAUUCAUGAUCUCACAGUGCAAAAAGGUAAUGGUGGCUGGUUCACCAGAUACACUCUCCCCAUUUACCUUCCCAGCUCUCUAAACAAGUUAUCACUCUGCUUAUGAAGCAGGUGCGAGGUGUCAGCAUCAGCCCUCAGAUGAGGAUGUUGUACCUACAGCAGCUCCCAGCACUUGGAAAGUGCUCAGUUUCCAUAACUGGGGUGAAUGGUGUCAGGCUAACCCAGUAUCCAGACCCCUGGGGUGGGAUGGAUGAUGGUGCACUGUCUCAGCCCAGUGACAUUCAAUAACCAUAAGUGGCACAGCUCUUGCAGCCUCCACCAAGAGCACGUUUUGUAGUUUUUAAUCUAGGCAAAGUGAGGAGAAGAGCAGUCACCACUAACGGAAAUUAUUCUUCCUUUUAUGAGGAAUGGCUUCAGGUGAAGAAUUCCACUGAGUGAACAUGAGUUCCCUCUUCUUUGUCUUCUCCAAAGCAACAGUAAUGAACUGUGCUUUCCCUCCCUCUUUCCCUCCCUCUUUCCCUGUGCAAGUGUAAACCCAAGUAUGAACAAGAUGCUGUGUAAUGGGACACACCUCUCACAUCAGAACAAUCUGUAGUGGUUUUUGCAGAUUCACAGGCAGGUUAUUGAAGAUUCUUCAUACGAAGACACAGACUGGAAUAAGGUGAUGUGCAUUGCCUGUUCUGGAGCUACAGAAAAACAAAGGUCACCAAUCUUCCUGGCAGUCAAGGGCUCCUGAAGAUGCAUGCACAAAUAGCAAACCUGCUAUCUUGGAGAUGGGACUAGAGGGAAAUCCAGCUUAGUAUACAGUUCAGAGGAGAGAGCAUGAAAAAGGUGAGGUUUCUUGGCACUUACCCACCUGAUCGAACCACUACAACUGCAAUCAAUAUCAAAUUCUCACAAUCUUCCAUGACUUUCAUGGCUCUUUCAUCCAUUUUCCCUUCAGAUGAACUGAGGAAAUAACCCACUUGUAUUAUCUUCAUGUCUGUUGUGCAGAUGAAGAAAUGGUGCAUUUGUAUAUGUGAAGGGAGUUCUCUUAUCUCACAUGGCUGGGAGUCUGAGAGACACAAAAUGGUGAACCAUAGGUGCCUUUAUUUUUAUAGAAAUAAUUUAAAUCUGAGCAAGAAGCACACCUUUGUCGUAACUUCAAAAGAAGUGAAAGGAAAAACGACACAUCCUGUUUCUACAAACCCUUUUCCAGUAACUCUAAGGAAAGUCUUUAAAGGUUUAAGGGUUUGGAAAGAUACUUACCUUCAUUCAUAGUCUUCCUGUUUUCCUCUGAGGUCAAACAGAUUUAUGUGUGAAAGGACAACCUGCACUUGACAGAGUGAAGCUAUGUGCUGCUUCUUGGUUACACCAGUUCUGCAAAACUAAUCCCAGAGCCUCUGCCUUUUCUGGUAUUUUUGAACUCAAUAAAAACACAAAGACUUGAAGAUUAUAUGGAACAUUUGCUACAGUGUUUUCUCAUUAUUAAAGUAGAGCAUCUGCUGAAAUAACAAAGAAAUCGUGCACAAAGCAAAUGAAAAUUCUGGAAAAUCUAAAGUCAAGAAAGUUAAUCUGAAGGUUAACAAUGUCCAUGGUGCAGCCAAGCUCAGAUCUGUCUGCUAUCUGUUCCCAAGUCAAUAUCUUCAUUCAAGGACUUCCCUCUGCCACCCUACAAAUUCUUCUCAAUGGCACCCAAGUUGUGAUGGGAACAAGCUCUGACACUUAGAAGUGGACAAGUAAGUCCAAGUAAGUCCAAGUGGACAAGAACAGUCCAGCUGCAUUUCCCUGAAGCUGCCCUUGAACACAGGGCAAGAAGUGGCUUCUGGGAUCAUCGAGGCUUGCCCUGGAGUCCAGUUCCUGGACUCAGCAGGAGACACAAGAGCAUAAAUCAUAUUUUUUCAAGCAAACUCCCCUGUGGACCAUUUACAGACUAUCCUCACCUGUCCCCAGAGCCUCUUGAGCAGGAGAUGGCCACCCGCCAGCUCCUCGCAUCCUGACCCACUUUUCCUGAGAAAUCAGCAAGGGAGAGUUUCACAGACAAGAGGAAAUCCCUAAACAGCAUGCAGCCCAGAGAGUGGAAAGUUUUUUCUUGGGCCAUGUGCAGAGGCAAGCUGCAGACAGGUCUGCUGGUGGCUGGCUACUUUGUGUACCUGCUGGUGGGUGCCGCGGUGUUCCAGGCACUGGAGAGGACCGCGGAGAAGCAGGAGAAAAUGGCAGCUGCCCAGAUGAAGGAGGCUUUUCUGCAGAGCUUCAGGCAGCUCACGGUGGUGGAGAUGGAGCAGUUCAUGAAGAACCUGACUGAAGCCAUUCAAAAUGGAGUAUACCCUGUUGGAAAUGAAUCACGGUUUGAAGAGAGCAACUGGGAUUUCAGUAACUCCUUCUUCUUUGCAGGCACAGUUGUCUCCACAAUAGGCUAUGGCACGUUACAUCCUAGAACUGUUGGGGGACAGAUCUUCUGUGUGUUUUUUGCUCUGUUUGGAAUCCCUCUCAACAUUGUUUUUCUGCACCGUGUUGGUAAGAUGCUCUCACUGCUGUGUAAAAAGCUGGGGAAAUUCCUGUAUGAGAAAGGAAUGAGAAAGAAGAAGAUCAAAUUUCUGACCCUUUUGUUCUUCCUGGCAACGGGGAUCCUAGUUUUUCUGUGCUUGCCAUCAGUCUUCUUCCAGAUAACAGAGGGCUGGUCCUACAGCGAAGGAAUUUACUUUGCAUUUAUCACCCUCAGCACCAUUGGCUUUGGAGAUUAUGUAGUAGGCAAACAGUCUGGCAGGAAUUACUUUUCCUACUAUCGAGUGCUGGUGGCCAUUUGGAUUCUUUUUGGCCUUGCCUGGAUUGCUCUGCUGUUUAAUUUAUUGACAACGGUACUAGAAGAUACUGAAAAAAUAAUUGUCAAGGAUCUCCAGCAAAUUGGAAAGGUGAGUAAGGACAAUGGAGCAAGCCAACAAAGAAGAUGCUGGCCUGUUCAGUUUAUUCCAGAAGAAGAACUACCACCACCACGUGCUGGAGGGGAUGCACAGAAAAUGGAGUCAUUAACAGCAGAUUCUGAACACACAAAAAAUGAAAAAAAAUAGUUCUCUAAUAGAAAAACUAUUGCCAUAACAUAUAAGAGUUGAAUUCUUCAUCGGAGAGUUGUUAGUUAGUUAUUCUAAAGAAAAUCCCGUGGAAAUAAAAUUUUUCCUACCUUUUGCUGAGAUAUGACCUUUUAGAACUCAAGACUCAAAGUUGCACAAAGCCUGAAUAUUAAUGGUAAGAAAUUUGCUCCUCAAUUUGCAGCUGGGUUGUGGUAACAACCUGAGAAGUGCACUUGCUUUGCAAUGUGUUUUUAAGGUGCUUUCACAAAAAUGCAGAGGAGGGGCACGGUGGAGCUUGUUGGCUCUGUUUGGAUUUUGCUGCUUGCAAAAAAUCAUAUCUCUUCCAGGAACUGACAUGCACAAGCUUUUCUGAGGCAUUGCAUAGCACUUUUGGAAGAAGAAAUAAGGAUAUAUAUGAGAAAUAAAUAACUGAAUAGAUGCCUGAUUUGAGCCAUCAUAUUGGAUAAAGUGUUGUGGUCUGAAAGAUGUGUUUAAAUGGCAAGACCUGGGCUCAGUUCAGGGACAUCAGAAGCAUCUAAUGGACAGGGUUAUGGAAAGGUUAACAUGUUAGAAAUGAUUCAUUCUACCUCUUCCUGUUUUAUACUAAGUUGAAUAAAGGCAAUUUUACCUUUUA